AUGGCCUCGGUCAAAUCACUCAAGCCUCUCCCCUCUCUUCCUGAGGGAUGGUCAGCCGAAUCAAAUUUCGUCGUCCAUGCCCCGCUCUCCUCUUCAGUCAACCGAAAACUUGAGCCUGUCGGACCUCACUUCCUCGCUCAUGCCCGAAGAAAGCGUCACUCGCGCACCUUCUCUGAGGAUGAUCGCAUUCAAGCCUCGCAGAAUGUAAAGAAUAUCGAAGACGACGACGGCUCUGAGGUGGAUGAGCCUGAAGACGCAAUGCUUCUCCAGAGAGAUCCAAAGGACUGGAAGAACCAAGAUCACUAUGCCGUCCUCGGUAUCUCAAAAUACCGUUACAAGGCGACGGAUGAGCAGAUCAAGAAGGCCCACCGCAGAAAGGUCCUCAAGCAUCACCCCGACAAGAAGGCUGCUAGUGGUGCUACCGAAGACGACUCAUUCUUCAAGUGUAUCCAGAAAGCCAUGGAGGUUCUUUCUGACCCCGUGAGACGUCGUCAAUUCGAUUCCGUUGAUGAGGGUGCCAACCGCGAGCCACCGUCAAAGAAGGCGAAAGGAAACUUUUAUAAGCUCUGGUCUGCCGUUUUUGAGUCUGAGGCCCGUUUUUCAAAGAAGCAGCCAGUCCCUAAAUUCGGCGACGAAUCCUCAACCAAGGCGGAUGUUGAAGAAUUUUACAACUUCUGGUACAACUUCGACUCAUGGCGUACAUUCGAAUACCUCGACGAGGACGUCCCAGAUGACAACGAGAACCGUGAUCAGAAGCGAUUUGUCGAGCGAAAGAACAAGGCUUCUCGUGCUAAGAGAAAGACAGAGGACACCGCCCGUCUUCGUAAGCUCGUUGACGACGUUCUCGCCCUCGAUACUAGAAUCAAGAAGUUCAAGGACGAGGAGAAGAAGCAGCGCAAUGCCAAGCGCGACGCUCGUGAGGCCGAAGAAAAGCGUGCAGCGGAGGAGAAGCGCAUCAGGGAGGAGGGGGAUAAGAAACGCAAGGAGGAGGAGGAGGCCGCAGCAAAACUCAAGCAAGCCGACUCCAAGAAGGCCAAGGAGGCCGCCAAGACCGCCGUCAAGAAAAACAGGCGUGUACUCAAGGGAGCUGUCAAGGACACAAACUACUUUGUGUCUGGCGACGCUUCUCCCAAGGUCAUUGAUGACCUUCUUUCUGAUGUUGACUUGAUCAUUUCAAAGAUCGAUCCCGAGGACCUGGGCGAAUUUGCCGUACGAUUACAGAAGGAUAAGUCGGUGGAUGCGGUCAAAGCUGCUUACACUGAGCAAGCUGCGGCGAUGGUUAAGAAGGGGCUGUUUAAGGCUGAGGAGUUGAAGGCUUUGACGCCUGCUUAA